CUGUUUCCACUCCAAGCCCUAAAAUCCCUUUUUGUGUUAGAGAUGGGUCCUUUCUGCUCAGAGUUGGAGGAGUACCUAGGACUCGAUUGUAUCCAUCACCUUCAUGCUUCCUUGAAACAUUUAGGAUUGGCAGGAUGGGAAAAAGUAAAGUUUUUGCCACAUCAGCUUCAGCAUCUCACUGGCCUUGAGUGAUUGACUCUAGAAGAAUUCAACGGAGUGGAAGUUUUACCAAACUGGUUAGAAAACCUCACUUCUCUUGGAGAGCUGGUGAUUAGAAAUUGUCAUAAUUUGAGGAGUAUGCCAUCUGUUGAAGCCAUGCAACGCCUCUCCAAUUUAAUAUUUCUUUAUAUAUUUGAAUGUCCCAAAUUAGAAGAAAGAUGCUCCAGAGAUGGAGGAACCUAAUGGUUCAAGAUUUCUCACAUUCCCCAAAUCAUAAUACGUGGGCAAUAGGGAUGACCACGAGGUUUGGAAGAGUAGGUUGAGCAGUUGAAGACAUCAACAAGCCUUCUCCAAAUAAUCAUCUAAUGGAUGUUCUUUGGAAAGCUUUCUGAUAUAAAGACGCAAUGAGGAGAAAAAAACAAGGGAUUGCACAAACGCACAUUUUGUCAUUUUU